AUGCCCGAUGUGCUUCUCAAGGAGCUCACCCCAGAGGUGCUGGAAUGCACAGCUCAAACUCUCGGAGAGCAAGGUGCUUCAGCAUCUGACCAGGCAGGCAGACUCACUCAGAAGUCAAAGGGCACAUCACAGGCAACCAAGACUGCCAAAAAAAAUGCUGUGAAGAAGAAGAACAAUGUCCCUAAAUCUGAGGGGGAAGUUUCAACCAAAAGUGCGCAGCGCUAUUCCCACCCGAGAAAACCCAAAGAAGGCGUAUCAACAUCUAAACAGGCAGGCAGAGACACUCAGAAGUCAAAGGGCCCAUCACAGGCCACCAAGACAGACAAAACCUGUGAUGUGGUUAGCAGAAGUCUGAAUACUCUGCAGACCUCUAGGAAUGUCAUUCCUCUGAGGAGAACUAAAUCUGACCUGGAACAAAAGAAGCCACCAUGGGUACCAUUUUUCCACGGGGUGAAGGAGACCUGCAUUGGUGAGAAGAAGCAAAAUGUCCCUAAAUACGGGGGGGGAGCUUCAACCAAACCUGCACAGCGCUAUUCCCACCUCUAUUCAGAGGUGUUGCCAGAGGAGGUGAAGUUUGCUUCUUAUACCGAUGAAACUGAUUUUGCCAGGGUGGAUCCAACACCAACCAUCCUGCGAAUUCAGGUCUCACCCUUCAUAGCAGAAGAGAGUGAGGAGUCCGGAGCUGGAGGACAGCCAACAAAGAGCCCCAUGGAUCCAGAUUCCGUCAAAACAGACAGUGAGGAUGAAAGACUCUCCUCUUACAAGGGGGUACAUGAGACCUGCAUUGCUGAGAAGAAGCAAAAUGUCCCUCAAUCUGAGGAGGAAGCGUCAACCAAACCUGUGCAGAGCUAUGCCCACCCAGGAAAACCCAAAGAAUGCGCAUCAGCAUCUGAAAGUUCAGAGGUGUUGCCAGAGGAGGUGAAGUUUGCUUCUUAUACCGAUGAAACUGAUUUUGCCAGGGUGGAUCCAACACCAACCAUCCUGCGAAUUCAAGUCUCACCCCACAUAGCAGAAGAGAGUGAGGAGUCCGAAGCUGGAGGACAGCCAACAAAGAGCCCCAUGGAUCCAGAUUCUGUCAAAACAGACAGUGAGGAUGAAAGACUCUCCUCUUACAAGGGGGUUCAGGAGACCUGCAUUGGUGAGAAGAAGCAAAAUGUCCCUCAAUCUGAAAAGGAAGCCUCAACCGAACCUGCGCAGCGCUAUGCCCAUCCGAGAAAACCCGAAGAAUGUGCAUCAGCAUCUGAAAGUUCAGAGGUGUUGCCAGAGGAGGUGACGUUUGCUUCUAAUACCGAUGAAACUGAUUUUGCCAGGGUGGAUUCAACACCAACCAUCCUGCGAAUUCAGGUCUCACCCUUCAUAGCAGAAGAGAGUGAGGAGUCCGAAGCUGGAGGACAGCCAACAAAGAGCUCUAUGGAUCCAGAUUCUGUCAAAAAAGACAGUGAGGAUGAAAGACAAGCUUCAACCAAACCUGACCAGUGCCUGGAAGAAGCUAAAGAAGCCAAACCACAUGAAGCAGCAGCAGACGUAGUAAUUGACCUUGAACAUUUGGAUAUUGCUGCCAUCAUAACAAGAUUCUUCCAAAGUCUCAGUGACGAGUAAGUUAUCAUUGAUCGUGUCUUAUGUAAAACUUAUAAUAUACACUUGGAUCUAUUAUUGGCAUCUGUGUGCAUGAACAUCUGUGUCUAACCCUGUGUUUUUGUAUUUUCAGGCAAUGUAGAGAAGUCCGUGAAGGAGUGUUCAACAUUCCUGGGAAGGAGCAGCUGGUCAAGAUGUGCACUGAUGUCCUGCAGUACAGCGCAGACUCAGUCAUCAGACAGAGUGAUUUUGACAGGAUCUUCAAACAAGUUUUCCUUGAUGCUCUUGGUGUUGACACCCAAGUAACGAUUUCACCAGAAUUAGGCAAUGCAUCAGCAGCAGAGGUCCUCCAAGAAGUGAACACUGUCCCAUUUCAAGCUCCACUGGCAGAGAACCUCUGUGACACUUCUCCAGCCAGUAGCAAGUUGUCAAUAAACGAAACGACUUUGGCCUUGGCUAUUGCAACCAUGCGGUCCACCCUCACGGGCCGAGCCAUGGCCAUCAAAAUGAAGACAUAUAAGAAAAGUUCAGAGAUUGACCCAGAAGAAGACAGUACGGCCAGAGAUGAACACAUCCCGAAGAAGGCAAGCUUUUGGAAACGUUUGACUGCUUGGCGAAAGAAAAAAGUCAGCCCUGUUCAAGCGCCAGAACCAAAUAUAGCUGUUCGCCCGUCCCAUGCCAACUUCCCAGUUAUGUCGAAUGGCGAGCAAGAACAUCCUUCUCACGCUCCUGAUUCCGGCUGUUUCUGCUGGCGUUACCUCCGCAACCUCUUCAAAAAGGACAAGGACAAUGAGAAAAAGACCAAAAGUACUUCAUGCUAGUGACUUCUAGCCUCACAGCUAGAAGGUCCUGGGUUCAAAUCUGGGUCAGGGCGUUUUUGUGUGGAGUUUGCAUGUUCUCCCUGUGCCAUAUGGGUUUACUCCGGGUGCUCCGGUUUCCUCCCACAGGUUAAUUAGGUUAAUUAACCACUUUAAAAAAAACCUUUAAAAACAUAACAAAACAAAAACCCCCAAAAUAAACUCCUCCUCCAGCUACCACCUUACCGUGGUGGAGGGGUUUGUGUGUCCCAAUGAUCCCAGGAGCUUUAUGCCAUAUGUCCUGGGUUCAAAUCUAGGUCAGGGCAUUUCUGUGUGGAGUUUGCAUGAUCUCCCUGUGCUGUAUGGGUUUACCCCGGGUGCUCCAUUUUCCUCCCACAGGUUAAUUAGGUUAAUUAGCCACUUUUAAAAAAAACAAAAAACAAAACAAAAAAAAAUUAUGUAUAUAUAUAUAUACAGUAUAUAUAUGUAUAUAUAUAUAUAUGUAUAUCCCCUCCUCGAGCUACCACCUUACCGUGGUGGAGGGGUUUGUGUGUCCCAAUGAUCCCUGGAGCUUUAUGCCUCUGGAGGGUCACCCAUGGCAAACAGGUCCUGGGGAGGGAUCAGACUAAGGGUAGCUCAAACAGACUCCUUAUGAUGGACAAAUAUUUGGCACCGAGUUUCUCUCGCCCGAAGAAGUUCCAGCUAGAUAUAAUUGGACUCACCUCGACACCUAGUGUUGGCUCUGGAACCAGACCCCUCGAGAGGGGCUGGACUCUCUUCUUCUCUGGAGUUGCCACUGGUGAGAGGUGCCGGGCAGGGGUGGCAAUACUUAUUGCUCCUUGGCUCUGUGUCUGUGUGUUGGGGUUUACCCCGGUGGACGAGAGGGUAGCCUCCCUUCGCCGGGUGUGGGGACGGAUCCUGACUGUUGUUUGUACCUGCGCUCCAAACAGCAGCUCAGAGUGUCCACCUUUCUUGGAGUCCUUGGAAGGGGUGCUGGAGAGUGCUCCUUCGGAGGACUCCCUUGUUCUGCUGGGGGACCUCAACGCCCAUGUUGCCAACGACAGUGAUACCCAGAGGAGCGUGAUUGGGAGGAACGGCUCCCCUGAUCUGAACCUGAGUGGUGCUUCAACUUCCACCUCUUCUCAUUCAUUCAUGCUUUCACCUAGAAACUUCAUUCAAACUUUAAAAUAUUCACACAUCUUCAGACAUUCACUCAGUCAUUCACCAUCUUCAUGGCAUUCAUACUUUUCUCACAGUGACAGUUCAAACAGUCACAGGAUUUUCUGACCUCUUCAGGUUUUAACAUUAGUGUGUAUUGCACGGAAUGUUGGCAGCUAGAGUGUGUGACAUCAUCGCUAGAGUGAGAGGGGCUGAAAAUUGAUCCUCAAAACUUUGUCUUUACAAAAGGAUUGUGGCAACUCACUUCACUCUACACAGAUAAUAUUUGGUACAGUGAUGGCAAAACUUGCUGUCACUCUUCAUCUCAAAAAUCAAAGCCUUUGUACUGUACCCAGGCCAGGCUAUUUGUACUGUACUUUAAUAUUUAUUUUGAAAUAUGGCUCGUUGGUCUAGGGGUAUGAUUCUCGCUUAGGGUGCGAGAGGUCCCGGGUUCAAAUCCCGGACGAGCCCUGCUUUAAAAAAUUUCCCUCAUGGGGGAUCAAUAAAGGAAUAUUCUAUUCUAUACGCAUAAUGAUGUUGAUAUGAUGCUGUCAUUUGAGCGCCAUUUUUCAAAAGUCCAUAACGGGUUUGAUUAAAAGGCAAACAGAUUUUAAUGUGUUAAGACUGCAGUUAGGUCUGCUUUCAUGCUAUUAUUAAUUAUGUACAUUGUAUUGAUGGUAAUAAGGAGGAGGAUAAUGAUGACGUUGUAAUGUAUCUGAACUUCUGAAGCAUGUUUUGCGAACCCCUAUUGUACAGAUUAUGUAUCCAGUGUCAUGUUAACUGUUACUGUUGUUGCUUUCUGUAUGUUUCUUGUACAAGGCUUUUAAUUAAAAGCUCCUUAAAAGCGCUCUGACUCAUUGUCUGUUUGUCUCUCACUUAAUACUCUGAACUACUGUAGGCCUGUCAAUAUUGAGAGGGGUCUGGCUGCAGACCUCCACUGAGAGGCCCCGAGGUAACGUUAUUUCUCACGUGCUCCAGUUUGUUUGAAGUGGUCAUCCCAUUUUGUAUUUUGUCUUUGUCGAACACAUGAAUAAACAAAAAAAUCGUAGUUAUAUUAUAGACAUAAAAUAAAGCCCCAAGAAAAAAAAUGAUAUUCACACAAGACAAAAAAUAUGUACUUCCCGGUCUAAUCGCUAAAAGUAAAAAAAAGAUGUUAAAAAAUAAUUAUUUUUCUUAUUAUACUUAUCUGCAUGUCCGUUUUGAGGACAAAGUAGACUGGAUGGAGCUUAAAAUGAACAGGAACCCAGAGUUAAAUUUAGAAAUGACUCUCCUCAGGCCUCAAGUCUACUUCUCUUUCCCUGUGAAACUCCUUUUGUACUUCCAAUUUGUGCCACAGGGAGGAGCUGUUGAGCUUUCCUCCUGUGGUCACUGUACCCGAGCAGAGAAACCUGUGUUUUCCGGUGGGCUGAAAAGGCCAGGGUGAUAUUCAGGUCAUCAUGCCCUGGUUUUUAUGUCUAACAGCUUUAAUGCUGAGAUAAACACAUACAUGCGGUUCGUACAGCUCUCCUCUGAGACUGCGAUUUAUUCAGAUUUCUCUGUUCACGCCGCUGAUGUUAAAGUAGAAAGCUGACACACAGAGAGGUGAUGCAGGAGGGGGGGUAUUGUUCGAUUUUCCUCCUCUCUUUAUCUGUCUAGUAGGUUACCAUCGAGCUUAUGAGACAGAUGGAGCUGAAAUACUCACAGUGGCUCGGUGUAAGUGGCCCACAUCUGUGUGCGUUUGGGCAUGAAACAUCAGCCACCUCUGGAGAUUAA